AUGAGGGGCAUCUUUCUUUUUGCAGUUUGCUUCUGUUUGGUCCAAAGGAACACAGGGGAUAUUCCACCGGGAAUUAAAAACACAAUCUGCCUCAUUCAACAUGGGAAUUGUAGACUUUUUUUCUGCCAUGCUGGUGAGAAAAAAAGUAACAUGUGUUCUGAUCCUUGGAAUAAAUGCUGCGUACCAAAUAUUGAAGAAAGAGAGAUACCAACAGAGGAUAGCAAAUAA